UCACUUUAUCGAUAGCAUUGCAGCUGAUCAAUGAGACUCUGAAAAUAUCAAUGAUGGAGAUGAGAUCGUAAUAUUUUGCAGCCGUCUCAAGCUGUUGAAUCUGCCUAUGUACAUAGCCUUCCGGGUCAAGUUGAUACGCGUGCAAGGAGGAGAGCAACGAAUAGCGAAAAAUAAGGGAGCAAGCAUAGCCGCAAACACAAGCUAACGAUCGAAAAACAUGCCGGGCAUGGAGGUAGCAACACUCGUCGCUCCGGAGUCUGCCAUUCUCCGCGCAUGUCUCAGCGCAGCCUCGGCCCGCGCGAUGGUCUCCCGUGCAUCCACAAGCAGGCGGCGGCCCUCGUCGCUGACCGCACCAGAAGCGGAACUCUGCUCCGCGCCAUCAAGCAGCCGCCCCAGACUGGUGAGCGUGCGCGACUGAUCUUGGAUGACGUCGCGGAAGCCUUGGAGGAGGGAGGUCACCGCGGCGUGUGAAGCGGGGGAGUUGGCCGUCGCUGACAAAGAGCUGCGCAGGGCCACGAGCGUGCUGAUGCGUUCCCGCAGGCCGGUCAACCGUGCGCGUUCUGCUGCGAUCGAGGCCAAGGCCGACGGCAUCGGUUCAGAGUCUACAGCAGACGGCGCAGGCUCGUUCUCUGCCACCGCCCCCAUUGCCACGUCGCCACCACCAGCACCAGCACCAGCAGCAUCUCCCGGCGGAGGCUGUGCGGGUGCACCGGCAACCAUCUCAUCGGUCACGACGACAAACCCCGGGGCAUCGGGAACAAGAGCCUCACGUGUGGAAGAUUCGGGAGGGUCAGGAGCUGUGUCACCUGCUGUGGAAGCAUCGGCAAUGAGGGAUCGUAGGCUCGACCGGCGUUCUACGAGGCUUGCUCGCCGUCGCAUUGCUAGCUGUGCUUCCUCGAACUCCUCGACGCUGAUCGGUGGGGGUGCAGCCAGAAGCAUGCUUUCUUCAUCGUCGUCUGAGUCCUCCAUCGAAAAGGACUGGGCAGUAUUGGUGUACCAGCUGUCUCUGCGCCGGUCGUACAUCGAUCGUCGAGUGGGUUGAGCAUUGAGAUUCGAUGUGGGCAAAGCAGUCGCGCUGACAGCUCCCCGAAAGAACCAGUAUCCGCUUUCAUUCGUGCCACCAUUGUGGUUGGCGCAGAAGAGACGCAGUAUGCCAAGAGGGUUUCCGCUACGCUCGUCGUCAGUGUCGUGUGAUCGUAAGCGUCGUAUGAACGUACCAAACUGCGCAGCCAACGCCCUGCAUCUCGCAUCCGCACUCCCUUUGUCCGCAGCCAAACUUAUCCACUCCAUCAGCCCCAUCCUCUUCAUCCCGUGCAAACAUCUCUAACGCCCUCCGCUGAUUCUCGGAGAAGUACACCCCAUCGAGCGGCACGACAGUGGUGUGCCGCCCAGACACCGUGCCGACCCAGAACCCCAAUCGCUGCUCCCGCUCUGUCUGCUCCCGCUCGUGCUGCUCCCUCCCUGCACGGUCCAUCCCAAACGGCCGGGGAAGCGGCCGCACCGGCGGUCCCUGUGCCACGCGCGCGUGCACGGUGCCACCGCACCCGUUCGUAGUCCGCGCGCGAUCCGUGCGGGGGACGGCACACAGGCGGCGUCGUUUGUGCGCCGGCUGGCCGGGGAUCAUCUCCACGGGCGGCCGCGCGUCUCUUUCAUCAUCAUCAUCAUCGUUGUAGUCGUCUUUAUCGGCGCCCUCGCGCCCUUCGAGAUCUGUAGCGCCCCUGUGGGUGGACCACGGGUACUGCGGUGCCUCCACCGCGGCGGCGGCGCCCCCACACGACAGCUCGUACCACUCCUUCCGCAUGCUGCUGCUGCUCCCACUGCCCGUGCCCAUGCCCGUGCCACCGCGGGAGGAGCCCGACCCCGACGCCCGGGAGCGCGGUGCGGGCCCUGUGUCGCGCAGCGCGACGGCAGGCCGUCGCCGGAGGCGGGAUGACUCUCCCGCCGACAUGGAGAGGAGGCGGUCCUCGAUCUCGGUGCUGCUUUCGCCCUCCGCGUCGACGGUGGACAUGCCGUGAUGCAGCGCGGGGUCCAUAUGCGCUUGAUGAACAGCUCUUUGGGGUUGGGACCGGGGAGGUCGUGGGGAUGGGUGCGGAUGAAAACAAUUGAGAAUCACCGUGACGUGAGGCAGGAAAUUAGCGC